UCCGGGUCUAGUACAUGUAGUUUAUGUAAUCAGACCAGCAAGUUUUAUACAGAAAGCCUUAUCUGAAGUAAGCAAUAAGCUGUUCAAAGACGAGUUUAAAUUUAGGAUGAUAGUACUAAGUACUACCGAGGAAUUGCACAAAUACAUAAGUGCCCAACAGUUAACCCCAGAUCUAGGCGGUACUCUGCCUUAUAACCACGAGGAUUGGAUUCAACAGAGGAUAGAGUUGGAGACGUUUUCAGCAAUAGCUCAACAAAUUUCAAAUUCUUUGGACGAUUUUACAAAAACGAUUGAAGAAGGGGAGCUGCCAAAUGAUGUAGAUAGUACCCAACAAUUAUUGGACAAGCACACAUUGAUCUAUUCGGAUCUAAAAAAAGAAAUUCUUUCCGUGGCGAAACAUGGAGAGGAUCUACUGAGCAGUAUUAAAGAGAAAAAGUUAGCUAUGUAUGGAGAUGAAUCUCAAUUUCCUGAUCCCAGUGGUAACAUAUUUGCAGUGGAAAGGCUUCUAGUUCAACUAGAAGGAACUGAGAAGGCUUUUGAUGAUUUUUGGCAGUUCCAUUCUUCCAAAUUGAGGCACUGUCUGGACCUUAGAAGGUUUGAACAGGACUUUAGGGAGUUACAAGUAAAAUUUGAAUCUCAUCUCAAGACAAUAUCAGAAGCAGUUGAAUCAGGAGAGACUGUAGAAAGUAUUGACCAGCUGAUUCGACAGACGAGGGUUUUCGAAAAAUUGUGUAUAGGAGAUAUUGAUAGAGCUGACGAAGUAAUUUCUUCAGGUCAACACCUUGUUAAUAUAAACUCAUGUCCGAGAGAGUGUGUUGAGCCAAAAUGUACAGAACUUAUUAGAGUUAGAAAUUUGCUUUUAGAUCGUUUGACCAAGAGAAUAGAAGCUUUAACCGCGACUAGAACACUUCUAGAACGUAUUGAUAAUGCUAAUCAUUGGUGUGCCACCGGCGUAGAAAUUUUGGCAUCCCAGAAAAUUGAACAGUGUUCAAAUUCUCCCGAACUAGCUGAAAGAUACGUGUUAGAAAUUAAAGAGUUUAUAUCAUCAUCAAAAGAUUUUACGUGUAAUUUUCCCAAGGAAACAGCUUCGCCAGAAGCUAAAGCUCUCGUUACUCAGGCAAGUCUCACACCAACUUACUCUUAG